AAGGAGAACUUCGUGAGCGAAUCGAAGAAUUAGCAUCCCGUAUUGAAUUUCCACUUAAAAAAUUAUAUAAGAUUGAUGGCAGCAAGAGAUCCAGUCAUUCUAAUGCCUAUUUUUACGGUUUUUUUAAAAAUAAACGAAUUGUACUUUAUGAUACUUUAAUCGAGCAGGCUGAUACUGGUGAAAUAUUGGCUAUUGUUGGCCAUGAAUUGGGACAUUGGUACCUUAAUCAUACUGUUAGGCUAUAUAUCUCAUUCGGGUUUGAUUCUCGUCCAAUUUUGAUUGGAUUUAUAUUAUUCCAAUUCAUCUAUUCACCUAUCGAAAAUUUAUUUACAUUCUUGAUGAACAUCAAGAGCCGACAACAUGAAUUCGAAGCCGAUGCUUACUCAAAGAAAUUAGGCUACGGAGCGCAACUUCGCUCCGGUCUCAUAAAAAUUCAACUUAAAAAUUUGAGCAAUUUAAAUAAUGAUAAAUGGUAUUCUGCGUACCAUUUUUCACAUCCACCUCUUCCAGAGAGAUUAAGUGCUUUAGAAAAAAUUGAUUAA